AUGGAGCGCACCACGCCAGUCCUCGAACACUUGCCAUUUCAGACCAGUGAAGACGCAAAUCCACUCCCGCGUCUUCCAGCGUGCCGAUUUUGCCACGCACGGAAAGCCAAGUGUGACAACGCCCGUCCGAAAUGCGGCUUAUGCGUGAAACACGACGAGGAAUGUAUGACUCUGGGGCUGGACGAAAAUGAGACAUUCAGUAGACAAUACAUUGGAGACCUUGAGGAGGAGAUCAGAGCACUUGAAAGACAAGCCCAGGCUUCUGACACAGCCAAACCACAAGCGAUCUCGUCUCAAGACGCUCAAGGCUCAGACCAGCCUCUCAAAAGGCCCAAACAGUCCAAAUUAAGAGAUCUUGGUCGUCAAGACGACAGCCAUUCACCGAACUUUGUGGAAGGAGGCGGUAUCAGCUUUAUGCGACACCUGGUAGCAGAUUCUGGAUGGCGUGAACACGAUCCGACAUUGCUCCAGAACUUGACGAGAAAUCCUGGACCUGCUGAAGCUGGUAUCAAACCGCAUCCUCUUCCUCCACCUGAAGAUGGUCGGAAGAUCUUUGACAACUACUUGAACGGCUCUCAUGUCCAGAAUCCAUUCCUUCUGCGACGAGAAGUACAGAGGAUCUGCGGCACUGUAUUUUCGGUAGAUCUCAAGGAGAACGAGAACGGGACCCAGCUAGAUUUAACCCAGCAUGUCUCAGAUCACGAUUUAUUUCGUGCAUUCAUGAUUCUGGCAGUAGGGUCUGUCGUUCCAUAUCGCAACGGAGUCAUCGAACAUCAUCCAUACGGAUUCUAUCUCUCGGCAAUGAAGUAUCUUGGCGACGGCAUACUGUCGAAAGGCCUUGAGUCAAUUCAGGAUCUAUUGCUUGUGGGACGAUUUGCAAUCUACCAUCACAUAGGAACAUCUAUCUGGGAGAUUCUCCGUCUGUGCAUGCGCUUAUGUGUCGAGCAGGGUCUCCACAAACCACCCUCCUCAACUUCCUCAUGCAGCCUUUUGGAAGAGCAGCUUCAACGAAGGGUUUUCUGGGAGUGCUACAUGAUUGAUCGUUAUAGCUCUUCAACGCUGGAUCGUCCGUGCGGCAUCGCAGACAAAUACAUCAAGAUUGGCUUUCCAGCGGACGCCAACGAUGAGGAUCUGGAGGCUGCGGACAUCUCUCGGUCUUUUCCCAACUUGGAUUCUUUCUGUGCAGCCUCAUCCAUCAAUUCACCUUCGGGUAGCGGCAACACUGAGAUGUCUGUUUUCUUUGCAUGCCUCAGAUUGCGCCAAAUCACAUCCAAAAUACACUCUAAAUUUGGCGACAAAGCGACGUCUACAACUACACGACAUGAGGCUACAGCCAGAGGGGCAAUUUACGGGGAGCUAGAUCAUCUCUUGAGUGAGCUACAUGGAUGGCGCUGCACCACUCCUUUAUUCAACAACCCAAGGAGUUUGUACGAGAUGCAAGACUGGUAUGAUCUUCUCUACUUUAGAGAGCGACUACAGCUAGUGAGGAAGGCCAUUGACCUGGUCCCUAAGCUAAAUGGAGUCCCGCCACGUGACCUGUUGUCACUGUGCCUUCAAUGCGCAACUGGGGCCAUCACCGCAUUCUGGAAGCUCUUCGAGCCCAAAAAGAUCACGUUUACAAGGAGCUAUUUCCAAAUGCUUUUUACAGCAGGACUGUCGAUCAUGUACAGCCUAUCAGUGGUAGGUGAUUUUGACCCUGCAUCCAUGAAGGCUGGCACGGAGGCCGUGACAACCUGCGAAUACAUCUUGAAGCAGAUGGGUGUGAACCUGUCAGAUGCAAAGCGUUAUGUCGCUGUCUACGAGGCACUGCGGGGCUAUGUCAUUCGAAAAUACAGUCGGAAUUUGCAGAUGGAUCCGCAGCCUGAGCACGGCCUUUUGGCUUCAACACCACACUUCUACCAAAACCCCGCUCCUAAUCUCGCGGUUUCUCAUGAUGAACGUAAUACGGGUGAUAUCUCCGGCACCCGAAUGCCGACAUUCAACGGUGUCGGCUUUACCAACCACCACGCAGACCAGACUUCGGGGGACUUUCCGCUGCUCGAUACACAACUAGCCGAUCUUCCAAUCAUGCACGGCACAACCGACUCUCUCUAUAACGAUGCAUCUAUCUCCGACGGAUCUGUCCUAUCCUGGAAUAUCUUUGGGGAUGAUGCGCUAUGGAACAUGGAAGCUGGACUGAACGAAUAUGCGUAUGGAGACCCACCAGCCACUUUGUACUUGGAAGAUCCUUUUGAUUUGCAGAAUAUCUUGUAA